CGCGCCAUGGCCGCGCUGGUGCUGCCGCUGGUGCUGCUGGUGCUGGGGAGCCCCCCCGGGACCCCCCAAACCUGCCCCGAAAUCACCCCCAGAACCGGCACCGGGACCCCCCAAACCUGCCCCGAAAUCACCCCCAGAACCGGCACCGGGACCCCCCAAAACUGCCCCGAAAUCACCCCCGGGACCGGCACCGGGACCCCCCAAACCUGCCCCGAAAUCACCCCCGGAACCGGCACCGGGACCCCCCAAACCUGCCCCGAAAUCACCCCCGGGACCGGCACCGGGACCCCCCAAAACUGCCCCGAAAUCACCCCCGGAACCGGCACCGGGACCCCCCAAACCAGCCCCGAAAUCACCCCCGGGACCGGCACCGGGACCACCGGGACCCUGCCCGGGAACGAGCCGCUCCUGGUGCUGACGGUGGCCACGGAGGCCACGGACGGCUACCGGCGCUUCCUGCGCUCGGCCCAGGCCUUCAACUACAGCCUGCAGACGCUGGGUCUGGGCCGGCGCUGGCGCGGGGGUGACGUCUCGCGCAGCCCCGGGGGGGGGCAGAAGGUUCGGUGGCUCCGGGGGGCGCUGGCCCCGCUGCGGGGGAGGGGCGGCCUCGUCGUGCUCUUCGUCGACAGCUAUGACGUGGUGUUCGCGGGGGGCCCCCGGGAGCUGCUGGCCAAGUUCCGGGGGUCCCGGGCCGGGGUCCUGUUCGCCGCCGAGGGUUUCUGCUGGCCCCAGGAGGGGCUGGCCCCGCUCUACCCCCCCGAGCCCCCCGGGGGGAAACGGUUCCUCAACUCGGGGGGGUUCGUGGGGUACGCCCCGGCCCUGUGGGCUCUGGUGGAGCGUUGGCACUUCCGGGACGAUGACGACGAUCAAUUGUUCUACACCCAACUGUACCUGAACCCCGAGCUCAGGGAGGAGCUGGGGCUGGCCCUGGAUCACCACUCCAGAAUCUUCCAGAACCUCAACGGGGCCCUGGACGAGGUCACGAUUCGCUUUGAGCCGGGCGGGAACCGAGUGAGGAACGAGAUCAGCGGGGCCUGGCCGGUGGUGAUCCACGGGAAUGGCCCCACAAAGGUGGCCCUGAACUCUCUGGGCAAUUACGUUCCCCAGGGCUGGAGCCCGGGGGGCUGCGGGGACUGCGAGAGGGACCUGAGACCCCUCGGGGGGACCCCGGCCGAGGCCCUGCCCUGGGUGCUGGUGGGGGUCUUCGUGUCGGAGCCCACCCCCUUCCUGGGGCAGUUCCUGCGGCGCCUGCGGGGGCUGCGCUACCCCCGCGAGAGGAUGGGGCUGUUCCUGCACAACGCUGUCCCAGCUCACUCUGCCCUGCUCGAUGCUCAUUGGCCGCGGCUGCGGCGCCGCUUCAGCUCCGCCCAGCGGGAGGGGCCGGGAAUGGGGGGAGGGGCAGCCAGAGACCUCGGCAUGGCGCUGUGCCGGCAGGACCGGCGCUGUCAGGGUUACCUGAGCCUGGACGCCGACGUCACCCUGAGAGACCCCGGGCUGCUGCGGAACCUUCUGGAACAGAACAGGCAGGUGCUGGCCCCACUCCUGACCCGUCCUGGCCACCUCUGGUCCAACUUCUGGGGCGCCCUGAGCCCCGACGGCUUCUACGCCCGAGCACCCGAUUACCUGGAGAUCGUGCAGGGACAGCGCAGGGGAGUCUGGAACGUUCCGUACGUCAGCCACGCCUACCUGGUGGGCGGGGCCGCGCUGCGGGGGCCGCUGGGGGAGGGGCCGGUGUUUGACCACGCCCACCUGGACCCGGACAUGGCGUUCUGCGCCCGCGCCCGCGAGAAGGGGCUCUUCCUUCACGUCUCCAACCGGCGCCACUUCGGGCACCUGGUGGUGACCAACGGCUUCAACGGCACCGGACGGCGACACCCGGAGCUGUGGGAGCGCCCGCGCAACCCCUGGGAGUGGGACCAGCAGUACCUGCACCCCAACUACAGCCGCAUCUUCCAGGAGCAGCUGUUCCAGCAGCCGUGUCCGGACGUGUUCCAGUUCCCGCUGUUCUCGGAGCAGUUUGGGCGGGAGCUGCGGGAGGAGGCGGAGCUUCGAGGGGGGUGGGCGGAGCAUCACGAGGUGUUCUCGUGGGCGGUUCCCCUCUCAGCUCUGCAGUUGGAGCCCGUCCUGCAGGGGGCGCUGCGGGAGCUCCUCCCCCCCAUCGCCCGACGCCUCUUCCCGGGCUACGCCCCCAAGGGCCGGACCGUGCUGAGCUCCGUGGUUCGUUACGACCCCGCCCCUUCCGGCCACGCCCCCUCUGACCCCGCCCCCUCGGCCCCACCCCGGCCCUCGGCCACCAUCAGCCUGAGCGUCACCCUGAGCCCACCACAGGGCGGGGGCUGGCUGUUUCCCCGUUACGGCUGCGGGGCCCCCGCGCCCCCCCCGGGCUGGGCCCUGCUGCACCCCGGGCGCCUGACGCACCUGGCCAGGGGGGUGCCACCUGCGGGGGGGGCGCGCUUCGGCCUCGCCCUCCUCAUCGACCCCUGAGAGACCCCUGAGGGGACAUCGGGGACACCGGGGGACAUUG